AAGGAGUACAAUUGUACAAGAUCAACAAGGCAACACCCGUUCUAGAAAACAAUUAUAUGCUAAGAAUGCAUGGAAUAAAAUGAAAAAACAUGAAGACGUACUGGUUGGAAAUGUCAAUUGCGCUUGCACGAAUUUCUAUCAAGUUAUCACGAUUAUUAUGAUUAUUUUUUCUGUGAGAAAUAAAUAUCCGUUGUACUAUUAUUACGGCAUCAAAGUGUUCGGUUACUGCUCAUAAUCAUAAACUCUAUAAUAAUCAUAAAUCCUAUGUUUACAUAACUUUUUUUCAUCCUUGAGGAGAGUAAAAUAACGAUGCCAAAGUUCCACCUAUUUCGGGGUCAACUUGUAUAUAGUUAUAAUACAUACGAUGUAAUACGUAUGCAUCUUUCACAAUAUAGCGCUCUGAUUAUAACAUAGACGCUACGAAAUUUAUUAAUUACAGCUUACAUCAUUUAUAACUUCUGAAUGACCAUUGAUCUUACUAUAAAAGUUCUGUUCUACAUUCAAUAGUCUUUCUUUACAAUAAACAAUAUACUGCUUAUACUUAUGUUACAAAGUGGAAUUAAAAAAUAAUUGUUGUAUUUAUUAAUCUGCGAAUGUAUAAGAGAUCUAUAGAUUAUAUGAACAGUAUAAGUGCGAGCGAGGGGGGAGCGGAAACGCUUUCAGUUACGCGAGAGCGCGAGAGAGUGACAGUGAGCGCGGAUUACGAGUGCGGGAAUACAUAUUCGGACACAACAUUUUGGGGGCAGGUCCGGGACCGACCUCGCAAAACUCUAAUCUACCCUAUCGUACCAUACCUCUUCCUUUCGAACGGACAAAAAAUUCGUGCAGAAUCAUUAAACGUUUUUUAUUUAUACCUUUUUAAUAAACUUUUUUAUAACUUUUUAAUAAAGAGACGAUUAAAACCUUCUGCCGGUUAAUUAUGGGCAAGGUACAUGCAAUCUUUCACCAGGCACACUCUUACCACACAGAUGGCAUAUUUCUGCCGCAUUUUUAGCAUUGAUAAUGAAUACAUGUUACACCCUAUAUCGUUAAAUAUUAAAAACAUUACACAUUAAAAAACCGGGUAGACUAUAUGUUGCAAUUCAAUAAAUACGUAUAUUCAAAAAUAUGUGAUUCAAUUCAACAUUCGUUACAACACUAAUAACUUGUAGAUAUACUGAUACAUGAUAUGUUAUAUAAUUACUAUCAUAUCAAAACUAACGUGUACGUACGAUCACCCAGGUAAAGCUCCUUUUAAGAAACAUGCACAUGUUACGAAUGCGCGGACUAUACUGAAGAACGCGUGGACGUACUGCUUGGAAAAAUCAAUAGCGCUUGCGCGAAGUUCGGUCAAGAUAUCAUGACAUGACUAUUUUUCUGUGAGAACUAACUAUUCGUCGUACUGCGGUUACGGCGUCGAAUAGAUCGGUUAAUCGCCCAUUUUUCUCUCCCUCUCGCAAGUUGCGCGAAAAUUAUUUCCAUAACAUUUUUAUUUCUGCAUCAUUUAGAUAAUAUUAUAUGGCAAGUUCUAUAGCCCUCCUAUACUAUUGUAGCAUUUUUUCACUACGGCGUAGUUAAUAUUUCAUGUUACCGUAGGUCAGUACGUUUAUGACAAAUUUUAAAAAUUGUGUAAUUUUGUAAAAUAAGAUAAAUUGUUUGAAUUAGAUAAUUCAUCCCGUAGGUAAUUUAGCUUAUGCGAAAAGAGACAUAUUUUACAAUAUUCGAGGUAUAUUUCAGAAAGUGAUAUAUAUAUCCGAUCGACAUAUCAUUCUUAAAUGCAGUCGAAUGCUCGAAGAAGAAUGAUACGUAUAGUUGAUCAUCUUAGAAUCCAACGAAUUUUACUACUUGCUCUUGGUUUAUGGCCUUACAACCAAUCAAAAUUUGUUCAAUUUCAGUUGUUAUUAUUUUUUAUUGUUUCAAAUAGCUUUAUUAUAUUUCAGCUAACAUCGUUUUUAACUUCCGAAUGUACUGUUGAUUUUAUUGUAAAACUUCUGUCUAUAGUUUCCUUUUUUCUCGCGUGCACAGCUCACUAUAUUGCUUUUUGGAUUAACAUGUACACUGUGAAGCAUUUAAUGGACCGUCUCCAGCAUGCCUGUAACGAAUUAAAAGACGAAAACGAAAUCGCUAUAAUGAAGAAAUAUGCAAACAGUGCGGAACGUAUCGCGAUUGUCAUUACAUCGCUUACGGUGUGCGCCUUACUUUCUGUUACUCUUAUGCCACUUCUCCCGCGGAUUCUUAGCACCUUUCUACUCGUAAAUAUAUCUGGACCUCUUUACACUAAGCAAUUCGUAACUGAAUAUUUUGUUGAUAAAGAAAAGAAUUUUUAUUUAAUUUUGCUACACACGUGCGCAUCCUUUUACAUAGGAGUGAUUGCAUUCUCGGGAGGAGGUUUGGUAGGAUGUGCAUUUCUUAAACACAUUUGCGGACUAUUUAGCAUUGCUAGUUAUCGUAUAGAACAAGUAAUGAAAUUAAAUAUUCAUGAAAAAACUGAUGUGAGAAGAAAGGAGAUGGAAAUCGAGAAGAAGAUAAUUUGUGCAGUGGAUAUUCAUCGCACAGCUAUUGAGUUGUCUGAAUUGUUUAUAUCUAGUUUCGAGGGACCAUACUUUUGUGGAUUGGUGGUAGUCAUAACAAGUUUAUGCCUUAACCUAUACGAAGUAUUUCAAACUGCACUGAUUCGAGAUAAAAUAGAAGAAUUUAUAUUACACUUUGGGUGUGCAGGUAGUUUACUUAUAUAUUCGUUCCUCGGCAACUCUUGCGGUGAAGAAAUUACAGAGCACUAUAACGACAUGUUUUCUUACGCAUAUACUAUUCGGUGGUAUACAGCUCCCAUACACAUACAGAAAAUGAUAUUGUUUCUGUUACAAAGAAGUUGUAAGCCUUACGGGCUCAAACUAGGUGGAAUUUUUAUAGCAUCUCUAGAAGGCUUUGCUUCGUUAUCAACUACAUCGGUAUCUUACUUUACUGUUAUAUAUUCUACACAGAAGUGAUACCAAUAUCAAUCACAGAAUAGUAAAUAGAAUGGAAAACAAGAAAUAAAAUGUUAUGCAAUAGGAUGGUGAAUCAUAGUGUGCGCGUGUAUAGUAUAUCCGUAGCAUGCACGCGCAUAUAUUCUUGUAUAUUAUAUUUCUAUAUUUCUAAAACUAUUUUUUUAAUUUACAUUUAUUUACUAUUUUACAAAUUGAGGUCUUUUCGCGGAAUCAAGCAUGUAUAAUAUUGUUAUGUAACUAGCAUUCUCGCAGAUGUCAUUUAAGCAAAAAGAUCAUUAUUAGAAUAUGAUUAGAAAAGAGUUCUAUCAUAACUGUAUGUAAGAUCUCAGAGUAACAACAGAUAAAUACAUAUGUUUAAAGACACAUAAGCAUGCUUCAUAAAAAACUAAAAUUUCUUACUGCAAUUAUUUAUAAUAUAAUAAAACUAAAACUUACAGAUAGAGUAUGUGCAAUUAUACAAGAUCAACAAGACAACGUUAGCUCUAAAAACAAUUAUAUGUUAGAAAUGCGUGGAAUAAAUUGAAAAACAUGAAGACGUACUUGGUAAAAAUGUCAAUUGCGCUUGCACGAACUUGCGUGCACUUGUACCAUAUCAUGACUCUUUUUCUGUGAAAAAUAAAUAUCCUUUGUACUUUUA